AACAUCAUCUUUAUCUUCUCUCAUUGUCACAGUAUCGCACCCGUUAAUCACUAGGGUACUAUCUUAUCCCCUCCACAUCUUACUUCUUUAAAACACCUCGGAUUCUCUUCUCGUGCCCGACAGUUGCGCUGUACUUGCAGUGAUCUACACUAUUCGCCAUCGCGCAUCAUAUUGUUCCUCCGAACCAGCAGCGAAGCCGAACUUAGAAUAGAAGGCCGCAAAAUUUUCUACUGUUUCCAUGGAUCACAUUGCCGCAAGCUCAUUUAAUACAUCCACUUGGAUGCCCAAUGGUCUUCCAGAGCAUAAUGGCGCCCCACCUCCGCCGAUGAACAACUCAUCUAUCAUCAAUGGGAAUAGCGAAUGGAAGUAUGAGAUGCGACGGGAAGCGCAACUUAUAAUACCUGGCUUAUAUUUGGGGCCAUUUCAAGCAUCUUUGAACUCAAACAAGAUGAAACAGAUGGGAAUAACGCAUGUGCUUUGUAUUCGAGACCAGAAGGAAGCCAGAUUAAUAUUUCCAAGAUUUCCGGAAGAGUUUAAAUACAUGACACUCGACAUCAGUGACCAUCCUGAUCAAAAUUUGAUCACCAUUUUCCCUACCUGCAGAGAUUUUGUGGAGGAGGCACUUUCCACGGGUGGGACUGUUCUCGCACAUUGUAACGGGGGAAUUGCUCUCUCGCCUGCUAUUGUUGUCGGAUAUCUCAUGUGGAAAUUCAAUUGGACGGCCGAGCAUGCUCUUGCACAUGUCCAGAAUAAACGGUAUUGUGUCAGCACAAUGAGUUUCCAGAACCAGUUCAAAGAGUACGAACCUAUCUACAUGGCACAAAAAAUGGUGGAGACUGCAGCGAAAAGAGAGACUACAACAAGUAAACGACAGGUGGAAGAAGAAGACGAGGAAGGGGAUGGUUAUCGGAGAAAGCAACGCUAUGUGCAGGGAGAAGCUUCAGAUAUGAUCUUGGAUUGAAAGAUAAUGAGCGUGUUUCUUCUGGCUUCUACAGCUGAGUCCAUUACCCGCCUUAAUAUUACAAAUAUUGUAUUUGCACAUGUACAUUCAACCAAAAGGCUACUAUUGAUAUCUGUAUCGAGAUGACCGGCAGCGAAGGGCAAACAAUUGCCUGUUGUACUCGUAUUGUAUGGAUUGGAAGACAAAAUGCGUUGUUCAUUAACAACUUACGACAGAUUAUGACAGAUAAGGAAAAGAUUGAUCUCCGUCUUUACUCUUUACUCUUGCAAUUGAUUGUCAUGCUACUAAAAAGUGCAUGAAAAAUAAAGGCAUGUCUGCAGCUUUACUUUCGUUGUAA